UUGAACUUGCAGGAAGCAUCAACAAGUCAUGAAUGUAAUCAGAGAAUGAUUCUCUUGUAUGGAGUCGGAAAAGAGAGAGAUGAAGCUAGACAUCAGCUGAGGAAAAUAACCAAAGACCUCCUGAAGAUUCUCAAUACAAAUGGCACAAGUGACUCUGCUGUUGGAGAUGACGGACAUCGAACAAGGAGGAACAAACAAGAAUCUUUCCCAUCUCUGGAAAGUACCUUUUCUCGGCUGCAGCAUCUAUCAUAUUUUGAUCAACAUCAAGUAACGUCACAGAUAUCUUGCAAUGUGCUGGAACAAAUUACAAGCUUCGCUUCAGGAACGUCUUACCACCUUCCUCUGGCUCACCAUGUCCAACUUAUACUUGAUUUAAUGGAGCCGGCUCUGAAUAUCAAUGGUCUCAUUGAUUUUGCUGUACAGCUGCUAAAUGAACUGAGUGUAGUGGAAGCAGAAUUGCUGUUGAAAUCCUCAAACCUUGCAGGAAGUUACACAACGCGCUUGUGUCUGUACAUUGUAGCGGUGCUAAGACGAUACCACGCCUGCCUAAUUUUAAAUUAUGAACAGACAGCACAAGUUUUUGAAGGAUUGUGUGGUGUAGUAAAGCAUGUAGUCAAUCCCUCAGAAUGCUCCUCUCCAGAAAGAUGUAUUUUGGCCUAUCUGUAUGAUCUGUACACGUCAUGUAGUCAUAUAAGAAGUAAAUUUGGAGACCUUUUCAGUAGCGCUUGUUCCAAGGUAAAGCAGACAAUAUACAGCAAUGUACAGCCAUCCAACUCUAAUGCACUGUGGGAUCCAGAUUUCAUGGUGGACUUUAUAGAAAACCCAUCAGUGCACAAUAUUAAUCACUUAGUGCUGGGGAAGAUUCUCAGUGAGAAUGCUGCUAACCGCUACAGUUUUGUGUGCAAUGUCCUCAUGAAUGUAUGUAUGGGCCACCAAGAUUCUGAGAGGAUCUAUGAUAUAUCGAACCUGUGUGCUGAACUUACAGCUUGCUGCACUGUUCUGAGCUCGGAAUGGCUGGGUGUACUUAAGGCUCUUUGCUGUUCCUCCAAUCAUGUGUGGGGAUUUAAUGACUUACUCUGCAGUGUGGAUGUUAGUGAUCUUUCAUUCCAUGACUCUCUGGCCACUUUUAUAGCUGUCCUCAUAGCAAGGCACUGCUUUCCACUUGAGGAUGUGGUGCAACAUGUCGCUCUCCCCUCCCUCCUUGCAGCAGGUACCAUGUCUGAAUACUAGAACUGUAAAGCUUUUUAAUUAUGCAAAUGUUGUUUUUAUAUUUAACACUAA